AUUCAGUGCAAAUUUUUAAUGGAACAUUUCUUAAUCUGAAGAUCAUUGGAAAAAAGGAUGACUUGGAUUCGAUACAUCUGUUGGCUCGUUCUGGUCCUUGGGACUAUCGCCCAGGACACAUUUUGUCCCCAAAUCUGCCCCCGAAUAUAUCGGCCCGUGUGCGCAAUAGAGAAUUUCACUAAAAGAACUUUCAGUAACCAAUGUGAAGUGAGAAAAUACAAUUGCCAAUAUCAAAGAAAUUUCCUGCUCCUGAAACAAGGACGAUGUUAAACCAAUAAUCAGUGAUUAAUUAUUUGUGAUCUUAAAUGCUUUACCAAUAAAAUAUAUCAUUUCGGAG